AGUGUUUGUGGUGUUUGUGGUGUUUGUGGUGUUUGUGGUGUUUGUGGUGGAGCUGCUGUGGCUGUUCCAGUCUGAGUCUGAAGUCUUUGGAGGAGGUGGAGACGACUGGAGCAGCUCCAGGUCCGACGCUCCAGGUCCGACGCUCCAGGUCCGACGCUCCAGCUCCUACGACAUGGACCCACCUGGACCUGGACCCGGGUCUAAACCCAGACCUGAACCUGAACCCAGACCUGAACCUGAACCCAGACCUGAACCUGAACCUGAACCUGAACCUGAACCUGCUCCCAGCUCUGUGUCUCUGAAAAGUGACCGCUCCAAAGGAACUCCUCCUUCAUUUAGAGAAGCUCCUCCUGAAGACCAGAGGGAGCCAGGCCCAAAGGAGCAGCUGGACGCCAUAUUCAGGCGUCUGGAGGAGGACGUCCUGACUUUUGUCAAAGAGCAGCUGCAGAGGCUCCGCGGGCUCCUGGACUCAGAUUACCCAGGAUGCUCCAGGAGUGAGGAGGAGGAGCAGAGCAGCACAGAGGUUCUGAACAUCACCCUGGACUUUCUGAGGAGGAUGGACCAGGAGCAGCUGGCCCAGCGCCUGCAGAACAGAAACACUGUUGGAGUUUGUGGAGAUGAACUGAGGAAGCGUCUGCAGCAGAGGUUCAGUCGUGUGUUUGAGGGCGUGGCUAAAGCAGGAGACUCCGCCCCCCUGACCCAGAUCUACACAGAGCUCCACAUCACAGAGGGCGGAGCCUCAGAGGUCAACCAAGAACAUGAGGUCAGACUCCUGGAGACGGCGUCCAGGAGAUCGGCCGCUCCAGAGACCAUCACAUGUGAAGAGCUCUUUAAACCCCGCCCACAUUCACCACAGCCAAUCAAAUUAGUGCUGACGAAGGGCGUGGCCGGCGUGGGGAAAACAGUGCUGACUCAGAAGUUCAGUCUGGACUGGGCUGAAGGCCGGGCCCACCAGGACCUCCAGCUGCUGUUCCCCUUCACUUUCAGAGAUCUGAACGUGCUCAGAGACACACAGUUCAGCCUGGUGGAGCUGCUGCACCACUUCUUCAGUCCAUCCAAAGAUCUCUGCAGCUUCCAACAGACCUCCAGGUGCUCUUCAUCUUUGACGGUCUGGACGAGUGCAGACUUCCUCUGGACUUCGGCCGAACCCGGGUCCUGAGCGACCCCACAG